AUGCGUACCCUCUUCUCCGACAAGAUCCAUGCGCCCUGCUCGCCGGCUGCAGAGUUGCGCCCUGAUCCCUUUGAAUUGCCUUUUCAGAGCUCGUUGCAUUCCAGUCGCAGCGCCUCCGUCGUGAACAAUUGGUUGACGCAGCAGUUUCAGAACGAGUUGCCUUCGACGAACGAGACGAGCUACACUCAUGGCGCACCGAAUCCCCUGCCGCCGAUGCGGCGGAAGGCGAAUCCGAGGUUUGUGUUUAUGGGGAUGAGGAGAUGCGGCAAGUCGUCCGUGCAAAAGGUUGUCGUGCAGAAGUUACCUCCCGCCGACUCUUUGUAUCUCGAGCCGACGUAUAAGGUCGAGCAUGCUACUAUGCACGGAUCCUUCCUGCACUUUGAGAGCGCCGAAAUCCCGACCCAACUACCGGUUCUCUCGCCCAGCUACGAUCAUGCGUCCAUCUUCUCCAACAUCGGCGCCGUCAUCUGGAUCAUCGACAGUCAGGAUGAGUACUUCAGCAGCAUCAGCGAGCUCCUUCGAACCGCCGUCUUCCUUGCCAAGAACUAUCCGAGCAUCAAUCUCGACGUCUUCAUCCACAAGACCGACGGUCUGAGUGAAGAAUACAAAUACGACACCUUCCGCGAAGUGCGCCAGCGCGUCCAAGACGAACUCUCCGACGUCGGCUACGGCCACCGCAGCAUCUCAUACUACCAAACCAGCAUCUUCGACCAUUCCAUCUUCGAAGCGAUGAGCAAGGUCGUGCAGAAACUGCUCCCACAACUGCCAUCCCUCGAGACCCUCCUCACCAAGCUAUGCGCCACGUGUCGCAUUCAGAAAGCCUACCUCUUCGACACCGUCAGCAAGAUUUACAUUGCGACGGAUGCCAGUCCGACGCUGUUGAAGGAUUACGAGGUCUGCUCCGACUACGUCGAUGUCAUUGUGGAUAUUAAGCAACUCUAUGGAUGGCAGGAGCAAGUUGGAGCGCCCUCUACUUCACCACCGCAGCAGCAGGAGCAGCAGGAGGAGGAUGAGCAGCGGCAGAAUUCGAGCGACGCGGGUCUGAUAGGCGAGAGUAUCGUCACGUACGACAAAACGGGAGACGGUUACAUGUUUGCGAGAGAGGUGAAUGAUUCGCUCUCCCUCAUUUGCAUUAUGGGCAAGGGUAGCUCGGUGGAGAAGCGAGUGCUCAUUGACUACAAUGUCGAUGUCUUUGUUGAUGCUGUGGUGAAGAUCUUUCAGGUUUGA